GUUUUGUGGAACUCAAGAUAAAGCUUGUCAACAUGUGGGCGCUUCAUUUGUAAUUGUGCAUGUCAAUGGUUUUUUUCUGCAAUUAUUUGAGUUUUUAAUUCAGUAGUUCUCAUUUUAUUUUAUUGAAUCUGCAUAUUUGGUGACAGUACAUUACUCAAAGAAUAACAGUUGCUAGUCACAUUAUUGAAACCAGAAAAGUAUCAGAAAAACAUUUGAGAUGAUGCUACACUGAGUUAUGUGUCCACGCUGGGUAUAAGCUGAAAAUUUGAGCCCGAGAUUUGGACUUUUACAACACUAUCACGAAGACACGAUCCUUCAGUAUUUUUCUCUUUGACCGACCAGCACGUUAGUUUACUCAGUGUUUCUCUGUUCAUUUCUUCCUUAGAAUUGCCUCGCAAGAAACGAAAGAUAGGAAUGAAGAUCAAGGCAUGCUGAACAGUAGGAUAUUCAGAAGAUCCAUAAAGAAACAAACUAAACAUACUGCUAUGGACAUAGAAAAUAAUGAGGAAGAUAGUGAAGAAAUUGGAAUGGAACACAUAUCAAAGAAAGUGGAAAAGCGUCCCGAAUUCAGUAAAACGGGCAAGCCACUCUUACUUCAUGAUAGUAAACAUUCUGAGGAGGAUGAAUUGGUUAACUGGAAGAAGAAUUUUCAUUUUGCUUCCUUUCCACUCUAUGAUUUUGGGAAUUGGAUACCAUUUGUGAUGGCACGAUGGCCUUGCCUUGGCACAGGGUGUGGUCUACCACAAGUUGCAUUCAAAAAUAGUAAAGGUAACUUUUUGUUUGCGUGUACGAUAAGCAGAUCAAUUUGAUGCAGUAUAGUCUACGUUUACUAUUGUAUAAGGGUUGUUUAUAUUAACAUGGGAGAACUUUGAAAACAAGCAAGACCGCAUUUGACACGACUUUCUUUCCAUAAAAAUGUUGUAUGUGAAUAUUCAAUAACAUGAUUAACAAAUUAACAUGAUUAACAUGAUUAAAAGAUUUCUUCCAAAUUGUUAUACCAUGUAAAACAAUUUGAAGACUGAUGAAAGGCAUUUCCUCAGAACAUCGAGAAGUUUUUUUCUUCGUUGUAGGCUAAUGUGCAAUAUUACCCAGGAUUUACAAAUUACACCGUAGAUAUGCUGAACCAGAUUUUAGUGAUUGACCGAUAAUCGUUAUCGGGCCGACUUUUGCCUUAUCGGUAGACAAUCGGAACUGUAUUUCCGAUCGUGUAAACCGAUUGUUGAGAAAAUACGCACUUUAGAAAUGAUCGAUAUACAUUGCGCGUUCAUACACGCUGCGUUUUAAUAUAUUGCGUUAAAUUAAUGCGUGAUCAUGAAGUGUGUCGUUUAUGAACGGUUUUAACGAGAGUAACGUUGGAAGCACUGAUAUCAGUGGUUGGGAAGUUAUCGUUGAAAAAUGGAAAUGAAUGACGUCACCUUUACUAUAGGUCGACUGACGCGUGACAUCAUAAGAUCGGUAAUCGGUAAUUUCUGAUUGGUAAUUUCGGUCAUUUACUAAUAGUUUUAAGAUGAUUCAUCAGUUUUGCAUUGUGCACUAUUACUGCGCAUAUAUAUCUAAUAACAAAUUCUAGCUAAUAUAGGUAGUCGAACUGCAAUGUAAAGUGAUAAAGAAAGAGUAAGGGCAAAAAGAAAAACACUCUGCAUUGAUUAAGCUUGCUUCAGGAAUUAUACCUUUAAAAAUGACAGAAAUCUGGCUAGGGCUGCCUGUGCAACUAACACUAAACCACAUCAUGUUGCAUGUUUAACCCUCCUACUUAUUUUAUUUUAUAUUUUUUCUCUUCUAUACAUUUUACAUGUCAUCAGAAAGUAAGAGAAAAAUCAUUUCUACAACUUAUAAUAUUUUACAUUUUUCGAGCAUGCUUCCCAAAAUAACAUUCUGAGAAGACGGGAAAAGACAUCUUUGCACCACGACAAUGCACGUCUGCUCAAUGAUUUUUGAUUCGCUAAAAUACCAUGUUUUCUUGUAUAUAAUCACUAGACAGACAUUUUUAGUAGGAUCCUUGUUAAUAAAAUUCAAUAACGGACCAAUUGCGAUUGUUCCUGUAACUCGUAAAAAGUCAGGAUGGCGCCACAUGUGGGAAAAGAUGGCAUAUUGCACUUGUCAUAUCUUCGAAAUGAGUUCGGUGACCCCAAGCUUUUUCUGUUUUUACAAUGAACAUAUAUAUCAUAAACUUCACCCCUGGGAAGUUUCAGCAAAUUCUCAUUUCCAGAACAAUUUGAUGAAUCACCUUAAAUUAAACCGAUGUCUCAUUGAAAGUUUCCAAGUUUAAUGUAUGUAUGCAAGCAUGCACUCAGAUGCAGAAAAUGGUUUCUGCAACUACUGCACUUUCAAGAGAGAGAAAUCUCAUUUCUUUUAUUAUAGGAGAUAUUCUACGCGUUGUUCCUCGUUUAGAGGCGCGAUAUGAUUGGCAACCUAUGCCAUUUCGAACUCUUGUCAAACAUGAGAAAACACGUUUGAGAUAUGUUCACAAUCCAUGUCAUCACACUCCAAAGGCAAAACAAAUGAAGACCGCUUUUAAAGAAGUCGCACUUGUUUCCAGUGAUGAGGAAUGCUCGACUUUUCAAAAGGUAUAUAACCAUGCAGGUAUACCAAUUUGGAACGAGUUUGUUUCAAAAUUAAAGACCAUCAAAUUUGCAUGCGUCCGCACGACGGAUGUUGCUAUUUGAUAUUUGAAGUCUCGUGAACGUACAGUACGAGUGCUUGUUUUUAAAUGGUAUAAAAAUCCAUGCUUUUAUACUUAAAUAAUGCUAAUAAUAUACACUGUAUAUGAAUCUGACACUUCGCCCUUCGUAGGAGGUAACUGAAAAGUUUAAGGGCCUUGGAUCUAACUGCUGCUUACCUCGGAACUAACUGCUGCUUAUCUCCCCACAACGGACUUCGCUUGAGACGUCGGAGUGCAUUUACUACAAUCACAUGCAGAUAAUUAUGCAGAUAGUUCAACAACAAACAUAAAUUACAACAGCUUAUUAAUGUUAUGCAUACUACCUAUACCCUUGCUCCGACGUUUGAGAUAUAAUCAAUCCAAUACUAAGCUACAGGGCACUCGGAAACUGCACACCUUCACCAACGAAUUAGUUAUGGUAUCAUGUUUACAAUGAGCUAAUUACGCAGCCAUUCAGUUUACUCUGUCAGGCAAAACAUGACAAACUUUUGCUAUAAAUUUCUCAUACAAUCUCCACCAAAUUCAACCAAAAUUUUACAUACAAAUUUUCUUAUGAAAUACGUUUGAUAUUUUUGAAGUUAUCCUGCUGACAGACAAACAGACACACAUACACACGUAAAAAAGCAGAUGGAAACAUAACCUCCUGCCGGAGGUAAAAAUAAUGCAAUUAUAUUUGGAAACCGCAGCCGCAACUGUUCACGUCAAUUUUUGUUGACGAUCUUCAUGUUUUCUUUCAGAUUCAAAAUGUAGCAAAGAUGGGAAUGAGGUUCGUGUUAAUUUAUGCGAAAAAGAAUGAACCAGUGAAAGAAAUAAAAUGUAAAAAUGAAGAAUGCUUUCAUCUUCUCGGUGCAUCAGCCGCCAUGAUCUCCUUUGAUGAUGGUGAUGAGGCAAGAAGAAUGAUGAAGGAUCAAGAUUUGUUCGUUGAAUUACAAACCACGAGUCAAGAUAGUUUCUUCUUUGCCAUUGACCACCAAGGAAGACUUGCAGAAGUUGGUCUAUUUCUUUAUCCCUCGCUCCACUUUCUUGCGUAUGAAGCACAAUGGUAAGUAAGUGAUAGAAAAAGUCACGUUUACUGCCGGUGGUAGUUUAUGAGCAAUUUGUAGCCUAGUAGAAACUAACACGAAUAGUGGGCUGAUGUAUCUUCCCAUUUUGGUUUCAGUUUGCCUGAAGUAUUUGGAUCCGUCAGUCACCUUUGGACUUUAAAGGCGGGAGAUUAUAGACUAUAGUCGUUUUGUGUCCAAAGAUACAAAGGCUGCGUGUAGGUCUUGUAGGGUAAAAUGCAUUGAUAGCAGACGACAUGCCUGAUAUGUCCGUGAACCAAUUAAGAUGUUUGAAUAAAUUAUUAACACAAUUAUUUCAUGAGGUUGAGCAGGAUAUUCAGAAUUACCAUAUACUCGGGAGGUCGAUAAUGCUUUCCAAGUAAUUUGAUUGCAUGGUUGUUCAGCUUCGGAGCGGAAAAAUUCCAAACCAGAAAGCUAAACUGCAUAAAAUGGUAGUUUAGUGAAACUACAAAGUCUAAUAUGUGCUAUUGCCAACUGUGGAAACAGAUCGACAUAUGCGUCCAGAGCUCUGCUGCCAUGAAGAUGCCAUACGCGGCAUAAGGAAUACGAAAGACUGGCAAGGAGGGCUGACAAAGAAUUUUCAGUAAAUUUCGCUCUACAAGGUUAAAUAUCGAGGUCCGUUUUUACCUUAUUCGUCGUUACAUUCAUUAAUAAGACAUGAUAAGAGAACGCAAUUAAGAUAUUUCAAGCCUUUUAUGCAUGCAGUAAUUGAUUUGUGUUAUUUUCUUUUGAAAGGUUUCAUUACGAAGCAGAUCUUAUGAAGAACACAAAAGGACAUGCUAAAGUUAUUCCUGUUUUCAACCACACUUUAAUGCGAGGUGUCAAAGGUGUCACAAAUAAAAUCCAUCUUCCUAAAGGUAACUGUCGAACAUACAUGUAGUAUUCUGUUAUUUAUAUGGGGGCUUCGAUGGAGCAGUCAUCUGAGCAAGCGCCUUUCACCUCUGAGAUUGUGGCUUCGAUUCUCGCUACGGACUCAUGUGAAAAGAGUCUGCCAACGCUCUGCCGAAAGUCGUGGGUUUUCUCCGGGUGCUCCGGUUUCCUCCCACAGGGAAAGUUGACAGGGUGGGAUAAGCACAGUUAGGAAAGUAAUAUCUCAAUUGUUCACGCGUAAAAGUAAUCAUGUUGAUGCAAGUUGUUCAAAACAGGAGCGAACAAUGUUGUGCUGCACCCCGUGAACAAUAUUGUUAACAAGUUGUUGAACCAUCAACAUUGUUGCAACUUGUUGACAAUCAUGUUAACAACUUGCAACAGCACUGAUGGUUGAACAACUUGUUAACAAUAUUGUUCACGGGGUGCAGCACAACAUUGUUCGCUACUGUUUGAACAACGCCGAACAACCUGAUCAAUUUUUACCCGUGUUCUAAAGAUAAACAGUCUAGGCUAACAUAAGUAAUCAUAAUACUUGAUGUAAUCGGUCACUGAAAAGCCCCAAUGGGGAGUGAGCUGAAUAAUAAUGUAUGUCAUGUAUGUAAAUAGGAAACGUUGUUCCUGAGACAACAUUAGCAACAUCAUCCUCUAAUAGUAACAUUAUUGUGGCACAUAAUUCACCUCUUAGAAAGCAAAUUCAGUAACGUCUUUUCUUUCAUAUUUGAAACGAAGUUGAUUAAGUGAAAUCCCCACCAGAUGGAUGAUAUAACCACUGAGAAAUUGGAGACUCUACAAGUUUUGUGAGCCAGGAUCUUAUAUGUGGAUUUUUGACCUACGGACCGCAUCAUGAUGCAACUAUACGUAAGACCCAUGGUCACCAAUAGCUCAGUGGUUAGAGCAGCCAUCUAAAACGUGGAGGGUGGUGCAUAUAUAGAAUCUCACUUUGAGCUCAGAAUGAUCCAGGGUGGUUUCUAGGCCACUUGUAUAGUGAGUUCUCUACAUCAACUUCGUUUCUUACAUUACAUAUACACAGUAUACUUGGUUUGCCCAACUUCGGGUAACAUGGUAAGGAACUAUGCAUUCGUUUGCACGAUUGUCUCCUAGUUUGGCUUGGGCUUACUACUAAUAAAGGCUGAUUUCCACUGUUGCGUUUUUCGUACGCACGUAAAACUUUGAUCCUUCUAUUUUUUAAAUAUUUUACAAAUAAGUUAACAAAUGCAUACUAAAACUUGCGGGACACUGAAUUAUGUUGCUUUAUUUAUUUGGUUAUUUCAUAAGUAACAGUUAAUUAAACGGAUUUACAGUUUUACAUGCGUAUACGUACGUAUGAAAAACGCAACAGUGGAAAUCAGCCUUAAUGCGGCCCCAAGCUUUUUCAGGGGAAAGUUGAUUUAGUAACCAAGAAAGCGGUUUGGCACGCGAACGAUAUAUACAUAAUAUGUGAAAUAAAGUCUUUAUAUAUUGUUAAUUUAUGUUUUCAAAAGAUUUUCUCAAGUAUCGUAACGUGGAGUUAGAUAUGUCGCUUCGUUGUCCAGAGUCUUAUGACUCGUCUUGUCCACGCUGGGAUCACGUGGUUCACCUGACAGUAUGCUGUCAAGAUAAGAGCAAACUUUGUGGUGUGGAGAUUGGACGCUGGGUUACUCCCUAUGCCAGGUAAUUUUCAUAAUGAUAUUCUUACCAAGAUAGACAUUAUUUCUCACAAUUCGUGUGAGACAACACACAAUUUAAAUUUACCCAAGUUUGAGAAUCAUUCCCGUGAAACUUCUUCGCUAGCCCACGCGAUUGUCCUCGUACCAAAAAAUCUUUCCACGAACAUACCGUUGGCAAUUUUUCAUGUAUUAAUGUAAUAUAUUGUAAUGGGGAUUAUUAUAGCACGUUCCGGGGCCGGUUGUAUAAAACUCUUAAUCACUUUUUUAAUCACUAUUUUGUAGUUAGAUAGUGAUUAACUCUCAAAUAGGCGCUUCUUAUUGGAUGACGUUUCCACUUAACUAUGAAUAACUUUAAUCACUUUUUUAUACAACCAGCCCCCGGUCGGUAUUACGACUAUAUAUAAUAGGUGAUUUGUAGCAAAAUAAUUCUUUUGACGAUUGUAAUGCAAGAUAAAAAUCUUUUUAUACAUCAUGCAUGUAUGUAUAGACUAUAGUUUAAAUUUUCCAUAUCAUUUUUCUAGAUCAGUUGGAAGGUGGCUAACUCCAAUCACGUCACUCCUACCACUGUUUACAAGCUCGACCUGCACGUUGACGAUGAAGACAGUUCCUUGGGAAAUGCCAUGGACACCUUCACUCAAUAUUCGUUUUUCUGACCAUAUCUCAGGUGAGACUAUAAAGUCAAAUACGAAGGUUAGAAGACUCGGUGGAAAAGAUAGUUUAGUUUGAUUUCAGGAGGUAUUUCGGUUUAAUACGCAAAUGUCCGAAAUUUAGUUACUUCAUUAUUUUGAAAGUCAUUUUGCCUAACAAAAAUAGAAAGGUUUGAAGUUAGUAGUGGCAUUUCAACUGUAUAUAUAUAUACCAUUAUAAUUUUUUGUUUAGAUUCCAAACAUGGAUACAGUAAACGACGAUAUUCUCCUGAUAUUGUUCCCUAUGGAAUACUGAAAUUGUAUCAUGGAGGAAAAUUUGAUAAAAAUUAUAACAGCAAGUAUAAAGAUGUCAGUUUUAAUCCACCAACAUGGGCAAAGAGAGUUGAACUUGUCGCGAUAAUUACAGGACAUGGCAAGGAUAAUAAUGGAUGUGCCGAGUUUUGUGUUACGUCGCAUCAUUUUACUGUCAAUGAUAUAUCACCGAAUGUUAUAGUGUUCAAAAAUGCUGCGACUGCAAUGGGCUGUGCCGAGCGAGUUGAUAGGGGCGUGGAACCGAAUGAACAUGGCACGUGGUUGUAUGGUCGUGAUGGGUGGUGCCCUGGGCAAGAAGUUGUCCCCUGGGUUAAAGAUAUCACUAAUCAAGUAGAUUUAAAAAGUGAAAACACUAUUAAGUACUUUGGUUAUUUUAAUGGCACUGAUCCUAAUCCGAGACAUUCACCAGGAAAUAUUGAUAUGUCUUCAUAUUUAGUGUUUUAUAGAAUGGCCAAGGAUUUGAUAGAUAUUUAAAACGAAAGUUUCGUUACAAACCUGGAAAAAAAGUACUUAAUGUUUAUCGGAUCAUGAAUUUCCUCAUUUUUUAAUAUUUCUCAAAUCAUGUGCCUAAAACAAUAUCC